AUGCGGCUCUUCCUCAACUGCGCCCGGCGCAAUAACGUCCUGUCGGCCUCGCUCGGGCGCUUUUUUUUCGAUUUGUGCACCCUUGUCCAUCGCGGGAAGUGCCAAAGCGGGGAGUCUGCGAUGGCGUUGCUGGGAAACGGGGACGAUCCGGGGAUCGGCCCCGCCGCCUCGCCCUCACGGCCCCCUAUUCAGCCCGCCAACGCACCGCUCUACCACGAAACCGCCCUCGGGCUAUGGCGGACAUUUGGGGACGCCCUCACCGCAAAGGCGCCUUUUAUCGCCGACAAACUCCGCCACGUCCUGGAGGAGACCCCCGAGGAGGCCCACCAGGCCGAUACCGAGACCUCGAGCAUCGCCAGCACCAUCGAGCGCGUCCCCACCGCGGGGCUUUGCGAGUAUGACGCCCUGGCAGUGGAGUUUUCGCUCGACCUCCCCUCCCCGCGCCUCCCCAGGCCCGGAGGGGGGGGGGAGCCGCCCUAUUCCUUGUUGUUCGGCCUCCCGGGCGAGGACGGGCUGUCCGAGUUCGGCCCGGACGACGACGACGCCGGUGGGGAGGGGGGGCGGAAUCUCAGGGACCCAUCCACCUCCUCGGUGGAAAAUGAGGAAGUGGAGGAGGAGGAAGAGUCCAUGGGGUCGGUCGAGGCGCAGGAGCGAGACGCCAGGCCGCCAAGCAAAUAUAUUAAAAAACACCCCAGAGACAACGACGGGGAGAGCGAUGAAUGGAUGGGAAACGAGGAAGAAAGCUUCCAGUCUAGGCGGCACCGCAGUGAGGAGUCCUCCGGAUCCUCCAUAGCGUACUAG